AUGCGCUCAUGGGUCCUAUUUUUCCUAGCAUUAACUCCUGCUGUAAUCUGUGGUCUUCCUAGAACUCCGAAACAGGCCUCCUUUCAGGUGCAAGCGGAGAAUAGGCUGCUUAGCCCAGAUAUCGACGACCUCAUUGAAGCCGUAUUGGCGGAUUGGAAGUCACCUGGUGGAUUGGGUGUAGCCGUUGUAAAGGGCGACGACGAAGGCGGGUGGCAGGUUGAGACGAAAGGAUACGGGUACGCGACGCUGAAUGGGAGCAAGGUGUCAGAGGACACACUCUUCUGCAUUGGUUCUAACUCCAAGUUAUUCAAUGUCCUUGCGACUGGCCUUCUUAUUUCCAAUAACAGCCUCGCUCCAAGGGUUUCCUGGGACAGCAAGAUCGCGGAUAUUGUUCCUGAGUGGGAGUUGAAGGAUCCUGUCGCAUCUACAAGGAGUACGAUUGUCGAUUUGAUGAGCCACCGUACGGGUCUCCCUAGGGAUGAUUUAAUGUAUGCCUGGGCGGAUGAUAUACAUUCUUUGCUUGCUAGGUUCAAGUUUCUCCGGCCAUCGACAGAGUUUCGCGAUAAAUGGCAGUACAACAACAAUAUGUACACAUUACUGUCAUAUUUGCCGACAGUGGUGCUACCGUCAAGGACCCCGUACACACAAUAUGUCAAGGAACAUAUAUUUGAUCCUUUGGGUCUCAGUUCGACUACUUUUUUCGGCAACAUCGCUCUGGAGAGCGGGAACUUGGCAGAAGGCAUAUCCCGGGACAAGGUCAACAGAACGGAGGAUUUAUUUGGGCAAGGCACAUUGCGUUCGAUGCCUUAUUGGAUUCCGGUUGAUGGAAACGACGGAUCGCUGCUAUCUGGUGCGGGCGGCGUGAUCAUGAAUGCUAGAGAUGCUGCGACGUGGCUACAGACACUCUUACUGAAUGGCAGAAAUCCUCUGACUAACGAGUCCAUCAUUCCACCCUGA